GAACCGGCGCUGACAGCGCCAGGCCCGCCGGAGCGUUCGGCGGCGGGGCGGAGCUGCCGCUGCUGCGUCACGCCGCGUGACUUCCUCCCAAUCAAGGGAGAGGCAGCUCCAGCAAAGCCCACCAAGAGAAACGCCCCUCAAAAUGGCGCCCCUGCUGGAACGAGACACCCCAUAAACUUCCGCCCCUCGACCAGGCCAACAGGAAGUGAGGUUAUCGGACAAGUGAAGCUUAUCCCUAGCGGGCCGCAGUGCGGCGGCUUCAGCCCGAGGAGGAGCGCGACGGUGGGGCGUGUCCGGAUGGAAACGCGGCCGGCGGAGGAGGCGUUCCCUGAGGACGAAGGUCGAAGAGCGAGGAAGGAGCGAGUGCCGAGAGGAGCCUAUUACCUGCGCUCCAGGCAGUCGCUGCGCCCGGGAGCGGUGGAGAUGCAGACACGGCAGAGAGCCGGGGCCAGGCAGCCGGGGCCGGAGACCAGGCGGCGGGACGCCGAGGCUUCGGAAAAUGAAGCGUCCGCAUAUAGAACCAGAAGACAAAGGGCCAACAGUCAGACACACUUAACAGAAGGGAGUGAAAGUGCAGUUGGCAUAGCAGAUGUAUCAUCUUUACUUCGACCAAGAAUAAGAGAGAGUCGACAGACAGAAUAUAAGCUCUCCAGUGCAAAAAGAGAUUUCAAAAGGAAUGAGUCAGAUGAGGAGGAAGAGGAAGAUGAAGAGGAUGCUGAUGGCUACAGUGACAAUGAAUCUGAAAAUGAUGGGGAAAAUUAUAAGAAGACUGUGUCUCAACCGCCAAGAGAUACCCCAACAGUUGUACAAAAACAUCCAGUGUUUAACCAGAAGAUGUCAUUCAGGAGAUCAAGUGAAGCUGAAUCUCAAGUUCAACCCAAUACGCUGAAGCAUUCGCAGCCUGCAGCCAAAAAGCCUGUUGGACAGUCCAGUACAGGAUGUUUUAGGAUGUGCAUUUUGGUAUUAGCAGUAGCUUCCAUUACUGUUAUAUGGCAUGUUUGGAAGAAUCAAUCCUCCAAGACUUUGCCGAGGGAAGAAAUCAAAGUUGUGCAAGCAUUUGCGACCCAGAUAAAGAAACUUAAGAAUGUCUAUCCAAAUCAGGAUCCAAGACUGUGGGAGAGAAUCCAAAUGUUCCUUAUAAAACGACUCAAUACCACCCAUCCUCACUCACAGCCUGCCAUCUUACUGCUCACAGCUGCUCAAGAAGCUGAAAAAUCUCUGAAGUGCUUAAGUAACCAGAUUGCUGAAGCUUAUUCCUCCUCCCUGAGUGCUGCCACAAUCAAGAUUGAUGGGGCUGCAAAAGCCAUGCUGGAUAGCAACGAUGUCAAGCUGGAAGUAGAUCAUGAGCUAAGCUCUGGGUUCAAGGAAGGUAAAAAAGCAGCUGUGGUGCAUCGAUUUGAGUCUCUGCCUGCAGGCUCCACUUUGAUCUUCUACAAGUACUGUGACCAUGAAAAUGCAGCAUUUAAGGAUGUAACUCUUCUGCUAACUGUCCUUCUGGAUGAAGAGUCGCUGGAAAAGAACCUCAGUCUGCUGGAUGUUGAGGAGAGAGUGCGGGAUUUUCUCUGGGCCAAAUUCACCAGUUCAGACACUCCCAGCUCCUAUAAUCACAUGGACACAGAUAAGCUGAGUGGACUGUGGAGCCGCAUAUCCCACCUGGUCCUGCCUGUUUGGCCUGAAAAUGCUCUCCCUAAGGAGGGCUGCUUACAGAUGACUUAAAUCUGAGACCUGGAAGGAUAGGAAACCAGUGUUGUGGUGCCCGGGCAGUGCAGAACUUAACUGCUGAGCAGAGGCAGCACACGGUGUUCUCUCUGCAGAGCAAGGACGGGGAGGGUGAUUGCAUUUAAAGGAACUGGAGUUCUCUCUAGACAACUGGAGAGCGUACAUAUGGAGCACAGCUCUUAGGUUGCGCUUUCCUCAGUAACUUAUUGGGCCUAGUGCUCUGUAGGUAAAAAUGUCCUGCCCCAUUGUAGAGCCAUCCCUCUGUAUGCAAAGCUGUUCUUGUGUGCAGUAGACAAGCAUCUCUCUGCUGAAACUUUUUCCAGCAGUAAGUAGUACUGCCAUUGGGUAUGGCAAGAUAAUGGGAUCUAGCAGAUUCCACAGUCUCCUCUGCCUACUUCCAAUCUACCAGAAUAACGUUCCCCUCUAUUCUCGGAGGCUUAAUUUUAUUAAUUGGAGGUGGGGCUACAUGCAUUCCAACCAUCGGCUUUCUUUCUCCAGCUGACCAUGGCCUUGGGUAUAAGUUGUCUCUUCAUGUUUCCUAGACUGGCUGAAUUGAAUAGAUGAUGAUGAUGAUGAUGAUCUGGUUCAGGAGAGACUUCUCAAAGCUGUUUUUGUUCUGUUUAGAUGAGCCUUCCUCCCCUCCCUCCAGUUUUGGAGGCUGGGAUGAAUGAGGUGCAAGUGAUUGCUCUGGGCAUUAACACAUCAGUUAACAAAAUAACCCCUUAGUGCAUCUGCUCCCCAGAGCACCCAGGAAUCCUUUGUUCUGCAUCAAGUUUUAAGACUUACAAAUCUCAAGGAGGAAAUGUUAAAUGCUGUUCCAGUGUGUGCUAAAAAGGCCUCAUCAAACCCUUCUCAAAGGCCUAAGAUGUGUACAUUCUGAACAGAUUAUUUUGGCUAGAUCCAAAGGUUUUAUUUGAAAAGAGUAUUUUUACAUCGAGAGGAUUUGUUUAUUACUGUUGUAAGCCUUGUCCCAAAUGACUCCCCAUUUGUCUGCAUAAAACCUGCUGCUUCCUAUGUAAAUUUUAAGAAAAACAGACUUGAUAUGCAUGCAUUGACCAUAUUUUGAGUGCCUCAUGCCAAAAAUCCCUAAAAUUUACCACCGAUUAAAAAUCAUGUAUGUAUUUCUAUUCCCACAGAAGAAUUGUCAUUCUUUCAUGCCUCUCUGCUGCCUAGUAUCUCAUCUUGGGUGUCUCUUGUUCCAGAUCCAUUCAGCUUUCUUGGAUUUGAAGGAGACACUGCUCAAAUUUAAGAUACAUUUUCUUACAAUAGCUGCCAGAUUGAUGGCAUUCUAAUACAUCCAUUACUCAAACUUCCCUUUGUCUUGCUAUAAAAGUCCUUAAAAAGGACUUAUCUGUAGGGGGUGAAAGGGCAGCUAAGUCCCCAUGCUGAGACUACCAGAAAAGACUCUGGUUUGCGAUGUGAAAUGGGCUGGAUUAAUGACUGGUGCAAGAGAACUCCAUAGACGUGGAGCUGUGACCACUUACGCUAGUGGUGGAUUUGGCCCUUCUUUGAGAGCUGGAAACUGAUGACUAAUUUGUUUUGUGUAGAGGUAUUUAUACAGCAGAGAGACAUGGAAGUGUUGCCAUUUUGUGUGUGUAAGAACAGCUCAUGAAGAAAAGUUUUAAAUGUUAUAAACACUUCAUUGGACAAGUGGUUUUUUAAAAUUGUAUGUUACUUACUAUAUUAGUUGGAAAUGACCAAUGAUGAUUUGUAAAUAAUUUAAAGAAACUAUUUUAGUAACCAUUAGAAAUAAAUUUACCUAUUUGUUUUAUAACCUGU